CGGCUCCAUACUCCAUUGCAGUAAAGCUCGAAAGACCCGUGAAAUCCUCACUCCGUUUCGGAGCUCUCGUGCUUCCCUCUCUUCGCUCACAGAGUAAUCAAAGGGAGGAAAUGAGCAACCAAAACCCAUCAAGUGGUGAUCGGUUAAGGACAAGUUGGACCCCAGCAAUGGAGCGUUAUUUUAUUGAUCUUAUGUUAGAUCAGGUUCAUAGGGGCAAUAGAUUGGGCCAUACAUUCAACAAACAAGCUUGGAAUGACAUGUUGAUGAUGUUUAAUGGCAAUUUCGGGACUCCAUAUGAUAUGAAUACCUUGAAAAGUCAUUACACUAGUCUGUGGAGGCAAUUUAACGACAUAAAGAAACUUCUUGAUCAGAAUGGAUUUUCAUGGGAUAACACUCGGCAAAUGGUGAUUGCAGAUAAAUAUGCUUGGGAUGCCUAUGUCAAGGUUCACCCAGAUGCUCAGGUCUACAGAAACAAAGCUCUGAUGACCUUCAAUGAUUUGUGUUUGAUAUAUGCACAUACGCAAGCAGAUGGAAGAUACAGCCUUUCAAGUCAUGAUAUAGAUUUUGAUGACGAAAUUCAGGGGAUGAUUGAUGGUGCUGGAAUGAUUAGCCCUACCCCUGCAAGUAAAGUGAAAAGAAAUGCAGAUUGGAAACCAGCCAUGGACGAAUUUUUUCUGAAUCUGAUGCUGGACCAACUUGAAAAAGGCAGUAAAAUGAAUAAUACGUUCACAAAACAAGCUUGGAAAGACAUGGUCACGUUGUUCAAAAAAAAGUUUGGUUCUCAAUAUCAAACAAGGUUCUUGAAACAGCUUCAUAAGAAACUGUUGAAGUACUAUACUGAUGUUAGAAGCUUACUUGCCAGAAAAGGAUUUUAUUGGGACACAAAUCGACAAAUGAUUGUGGCUGAUGAUGAUGUUUGGUGAAAUUAU